GUGGGGGCCCUCCCGGAGCCGGUGGUCGUCGAGGCGAACGCUGGGAUGCUGUGCCUGGACGAGGAGGACAGCGACGAGGAGGCCGCGCCCCAGGACGGCCAGCCCGCGGAGCCCCAAAAGGGCGGCCUCGCGCCCCGGGAGACCUCUGCGGCGGCGUCGCCCACGCCCGCCGCUACCCGGGCGGCCAGCGGAGCGGCCGUCGACGUGCGCCGUCGUUACCCGGCCUGGCAGAAGGUGCUGCCCCCGGGCGCGCGGGGGGCGAAGGCCGGGGCCACCGCCCUGCUGGCGGGCGUGGUGUUUUGGUCGCAGUUCGCGAACUGGGGCGUCCUGGACUCCAUCUCGCCCUACUCGUGCCAGGAGGCCUCCCCCUCCGACGGCGGGGAGAGCUGCGUCUUCGUGUCCACGUACGGCACCCUGUUCGGAGGCCUCAUCGCCACCCACGCGGCUGUGAUCCAGAAGGAUUUGGCCCUACGAGCGCUGCUGUGGCCCUUCUUCGUGUACUGCGCACCCUUCCCGGUGCUGGUGUUCGCGGCCAUGUGGGGUGGCGUCUGGGCGAGCCCGCUCGGCCACGAUGGUUCUGGGGGCAUGUGGAUUGCAGUCUUGGUGACCGUCAUGCGCACGUUCGGCCCCAUGGCUCGGCAGCUCGUUGGGCGCAUGGUGCAGACAGAGUACGAGCCCCGGCAGGUCGAAAGCAUGAAUUUCUUCCUCACGUCCAUCGGCACGAUGGCCAACUUCAUCGGCGUGAUCUUGACCACGAUCGUCCUGGAGACGGUCGAGCCAGUCGAGGAUCUGUGA